UUUAGCCACGCCUUCUUCAUUUAUUGUAGGGUGGGGCUGGUUUGCAGGAAAGUGUGAAAAAAUGGCAAUAGAGAAUGAGUUUACAAUGCAAGAACUGAGAGACCUGAGGGAAGUUUUCCAAGUCUAUGAUCCUUCAAAUACUGGCAGCUUAACAAUAAGUGAUUUUAGGAAGGUUAUUAAAGUAUUAGGUUUUAAGGUAACUAGGAGACGACUACAGGAGCUAAUGAGGGAAGAAGAGAUAGGGAAGGAAGGAUUGAUAACGUACACUAAUCUAUUGCAGCUAGUCUGUAGAUUACAGGGAGCUGCUUAUGAUAGUUAUGGAGAAAUAGAACAAGCUUUUCAGUUUUUAGACAAUGAUUGUGAUGGUAAAUUAUCUGCCAAAGAUUUGCAGGCUAUUUCAAAGAAUUAUGGAUUAAAAUUGUCUCCAGAUGAUGUUGAUGGUAUGAUUACUGAAGCCAAUAGAGAUGGAACUGGUUUAAUAACAUUACAAGAAUUUAUUGAAGUUAUGGAAAAACAGCAUUAUUUCAUUAGCAGUCUACAUAGUACAUACAUAAGCCAAAACUGUUCACACUAUUGGUACUCUUUAAUAAAAAAAACAAAAAAUAAGCACACUUGAUAAUUUGUAA